CUCUAGGAGAGUCCCUGGAACUGAUUCCUAUAAAAAGGAACCCAUCAAAAGAGGAAAAUGCAGAGGAAAAGACACAGCUGCCCAUCAUCCUCUCUUCCAGAUUCCAGUUCAUCAAAAAUUAAAGGAGACCAAAGCUUCCGUUAGUACACUGUCAAUCAUGGAGAUGAUCAACCUACAGGCCAAGUUUUCGGUACUAUGGGGAAUUCUAAAUGGCGCUGUCUGGGUUAUGUUAAAUAUGCUUCCAGUCGCCACUUCUUCGGGCCCACUAGGAAGAGAGUUCAUCACAGCUUUCAUGCAGAAUGGUUUGCCACGGAUGUCCCAGAGUGAUUUUAAACUGCUGAUCACAGGCUAUUUCCCGUCCACUUUCGUUACCAUUUCCAUGAAGCAGCCUGCGCUGAGGGUAGCGGUCAACGUGAAUGGCGGCCAGACACUGUCAGUGAAAAUCCCACCAGAGGCAGAGAUGUAUGGAAGUGGAUUUUUUGACAACACGCUCACCAUCCGUGCAGACAAGGACAUUUCCAUCCUCUCUCUUAAUUACAAACCCCACACAGCUGAUACAACCAUUGUCUAUCCCAUGACAAGCUUAGGCACUGAAUAUUACGUUGUCACCCCAAAUGUGGGCACAGAUCGCUACAGACAGGUUGCCAUUAUAGCCUGGGAAGAAUCCACAGAGAUUGAGGUCCAUCUGAAAGGUACAGUGACGUUCCAAAGAAAAGUCUACAUCCAAGGAAGCAAGUUGACCGUGACACUUCAGCCCUAUCAAGCUGUCCAGCUGCAUAGUCAGGUGGAUCUCUCCGGCACUAAAAUCAUCUCCAAAAAACCAGUGGCGGUCUACUCUGGGCACACGUGUGUCUCUCGGCAAGUCCAGUGUGACCAUGUUUUCGAGCAGCUUUUACCUGUUUCCAGCUGGGGCACCAACUUCAUCAUCCCCUCUUUACCUUUUAAUACAGAGCAUGACAUUGUGUAUGUUUCCAGUUCCCAAAACACACUUGUUAACGCUCAGACUGGACAAAGCAAGCGCAGCCGUAAUUUACCUGCUGGACGAACAGCCUUCUAUGGCAUCCAGGGCAUGACGGCCAUGUUCCUCUCAGCUACAUCUGGCAUCCAAGUCAUGUUUUUUAAUGAUGGUGGCACCUAUCAGAACAUCAGAUAUGACCCUUUCUUGAUGGCCAUCCCCGACAUCUCCAGCUACUGUCAGGCAUACUACAUCUACGGGCAUGAGCAAUUUGACAACUAUGCGCUGAUCAUUGUCAAAUCAUCAGAGACUUCUGAGAUCACCUUGGAUAAGAGGCCGCUGCGUGGACUUCAGUGGAAUCUGGUUUCAGGCACUGAAUACUCUUGGGCUUCCUAUAGGUUAGGCCAAGGAUACACAGUCCACAAAAUAGAGCAUCCUAGCACACCGUUUGGGCUGCUGAGUGUUGGCAUUGGAAAUGAGAAGUCUUACGGCUCUCCUGCGGUUUGUGCAAAUGACCCCUGCAAAAAACUCCAGUGCCGGGUGAAGGAGAUAUGUGAAAUGCAGAAUGGCCAACCACGUUGUAUCCAUGAGUACAUGGGGACUUGCCAGGGCUCCACGACGGAAUAUUUCCAGACUUUUGAUGGCCUUUUCAUAAACUUCCAAGACUCUUGCACCUACACCAUUGUAAAGUACUGUGGCAGUGAUUCCAAGCUUGUGCCCUUCUCCAUCGAAGAGAAGAACAGUGCUAUGGUGCAGCUAACCCAUAUCAAAGUGUAUGGUCACAGCAUCAUCAUUAAUAAGGGAGAAGAUGUCCAACUCACGGUGAAUGGAGUGAGGGCCAGCCUCCCAGCAACACUGGAGAAUGGAAAGAUCAAAAUCUCUAAAAACGAUACACAGCCUACCAUUGAAACAGAUUUUGGCCUUGAGGUGACAUAUGGCAGUGACUGGAAUAUAGUGGUGACACUUCCCAGUAGUUACCAUGGAGCCACCUGUGGGCUAUGUGGAAACUUCAAUGAGGAUUCAGAUGAUGACAUGACUCGUCUUGAUGGCAACCAAGCCUCUUCCACUAUGGAUUGGGCCAGCAGCUGGAAAGUCAAUGAUCAAGACUCAGCCUGCUCAGAUUCCUGCCAAGGAAACUGUGUGGCCUGUGAUGACAGGCAGAAGGAGCUCUACGGUGGUGAAAAGUAUUGUGGGAUUAUUAGCAAAGCUUCAGGAGGACCCUUUGGAGGCUGCCAUCCCACCUUGAGUCCCACCAGCUACUUUGCUGAUUGUGUCAACAACAUGUGUUUAAAUAAUGGAGACAACCAUGUGUUCUGCAAAAUGGUACAGGCAUAUGCCACUGCCUGUGAAGAACAGGACAUCACUGUCGGUGCCUGGGAAAUAACUUCUGGAUGUGGGCCAGUUCAGCCUGAUGAUCAGGGGAAAAAUGCACUUGUUGACGCCCAGACCUGCCCGGAGAACAGCCACUACGAAGCCUGCGGAAAUGCCUGCCCAGCCACCUGCUCUGACCCAAGGGCUCCCUUGUUGUGCAGUAACACCUGUGCGGCCGUCUGCCUGUGCGACAAAGGCUACGUCCUCCAUGGGAAGACCUGUGUCCCAGUUGAGAACUGUGGUUGCACCCACAACGGCCUCCAUUACAAGCACGGGGAGGAAUUUUGGGAGGAUGGGAAUUGCCAAGCCCGUUGUCAAUGUGAUCCCCGACUAGGAAGAGUGGUUUGUCGGAAGGCCAGUUGCAAAGCCAAUGAGAAAUGCACCGUGGUGAAUGGUGUGCAUCGCUGCAAGGGAACCUCUUACUUUACUUGCAUCGGAACCGGGGACCCUCAUUACACCACCUUUGAUGGGAGGAAGUAUGACUUCCAGGGGACCUGCAUUUACCAGAUGGCAGGGGUCUGCUCUGAGGACCCCACCCUCACUCCGUUUUUGGUCACAGUAGAAAAUAACAACCGAGGCAGCAAAGCAGUGUCCUUUACAAAGACAGUCACUCUGGAGGUCUACAAUAUGACCAUCAGCCUGAGCCAAACACAUCCACAAAAGAUUCAGGUCAAUGGAGUCUUUGUGGACCUACCCUUCUCUUACGAAAACAAGCUGAAGGUCUACGUCAGUGGGGUCCAUGGCUUCAUCAAGACCGACUUUGAUCUGAGAGUCAGCUUUGAUUGGUACAGCUAUGCCAGGGUCAUUCUUCCCAAGGCUUACGCCAAUGCCAUCUGUGGACUCUGUGGCAACGCCAACCAAGAUCCCAGUGAUGACUUCACCAUGCAGGAUGGAACUCAAGCAAAGGAUGAAAUCCAGUUUGCCAAAAGCUGGACACUGAAAGAGGUCCCAGGGUGCUCCGAAGGCUGUACUACCGAUUGUCCGGUGUGCAAGGAGGCAGAGAAGAACAAAUACAAGGGGAACCAGUUCUGUGGCAUCCUCAUCAAAAAGGAUGGGCCCUUUAGGCAAUGCUAUGGGACCCUAGAUCCGACAUCCUACUUUGAGGAUUGUGUCUUUGACACCUGUGUGUAUAAGGGUCACCAUGAUACUCUGUGCAAAGCCAUCAGCGCCUAUGUGACUGCCUGUCAGACUCAGGGCAUCCAGAUUGGACCAUGGAGAUCAGCCUCCUUCUGCAGCAUUCCCUGCCCACAAAAUUCCCACUAUGACCUCUGUGGAACUGGCUGCCCUGCCACGUGCCAAGAUCUCUCGGCCCCAGAUUCAUGCGAGGUUUCGUGCACAGAAGGAUGUUUCUGUGAUUCUGGAUUCGUUCUUAGUGGAGAUAAUUGUGUCCCUCUUGAAGAGUGUGGCUGUGUGCACCAGGGGAGAUACUACAAGAAGGGAGAGGAGUUCUACCCCAGCAUCUCUUGCCAACAGAGGUGCCAGUGCAAGAAUAAUGGAGCCAUAGAAUGCCAGCCGUUCUCCUGUGGAACUCAUGAAGUGUGCAAGGUGGAGAACGGGAUCCGAGGCUGCCAUCCUUCUGGAUAUCGCUCUAUAAGAGCAUUGGGUGACACUCAUUUUAAUUUUGAUAUGCAAAGUUUUGAUUUCGAUGGCUCGUGUACAUAUGUCUUAGCUGAAGUCUGUAGCAAAGAACCUCAAGUUGAGAAGUUCUCCAUUUGGGUGCAGAAUGAGAAGCUGGAUGAUGGACAUUCAUCUGUAAUAAGAAAAGUGGUGAUCUAUCUCCAUGGAUAUUCUAUUGCUCUUGAAAGGGGAAAGAGAUGGAAAGCUACGGUCAAUGGAGAACUCUACACUCUGCCAAUGAACGCAGCGGACGGGAAACUCAGGAUCACCCAGGAAGGAAACAAUAUCCUUGUUCUUUCAUCCAUUGGCCUCACAGUCCUCUAUGAUACUUCUUCAUUUGUCCAUGUGUCUGUCCCCAACAGUUAUCAAGGACACAUGUGUGGGCUAGGUGGCAAUUUCAAUGGGGAUAUGAGUGACGACUUCAUGCUACCCAACGGAACGCUCACUAAAAGUGUGGAGGAAUUUGUGUCCUCCUGGAAGGUCCCAGUGGAUGGGGUCAUUUGCUCUGAUGGCUGUGGCGACAGAUGCCCUACCUGCAGCAUGAUGCAGUUGGCACCUUAUGAAGAUGAGAACUCAUGUGGGAUGAUCCAGUCCAAGACAGGUCCGUUCAAGGAUUGCCAUGAUUUGGUCAGCCCUGCUGACUACUUAGGACAUUGCCUAUCGGACAUGUGUGUGGCCAAUGGAGCAGGAGAACCGCUCUGUAGAAGCCUACAAGCCUAUACCGUUGCGUGUCAACUAGCUGGAGCCGAGACUGGAGCUUGGAGAACAGCCUCCUUCUGUCCCCUCUCCUGCCCAGCCAACAGCCAUUAUGAGCUGUGCACCCGAUCUUGUGAUUUUACAUGUGCUGCCCUGUCUGCUCCAUCUCAAUGUACUGGAAAAUGCUUUGAAGGCUGCCAGUGUGACACUGGCUAUGUGUUUGAUGGGGAAGAAUGUGUGUCCAUGGAUAACUGUGGCUGCACUUAUGAUGGACGCUACAUCAAGGGUGGAGAGACCAUCCUCUCCGAGGACUGUUCAGAAAAAUGCACCUGUCGACCUUCAGGCCAGCUCACCUGUGAACAAACCAGCUGUCCUGUGGGAGAGACCUGUGCACUGACAGCCAAUAUCCGUGGCUGCGUAAGACAGGAAGGCCACUGCAUUAUCGCCCCAGGAGCCUGGUUCACUUCCUUUGAUGGCGCCAAAGGGAAACUCCUCUCUAAUGGUGUCUACAAGGUGGCCUCCUACUGUGACGAGAUGUCACCUUCCUGGUUCAAAGUGGUGGUAGAUGUCAAUGAAUGCAGUGACAAUCCUGCACCAGUGGCUUCAGCCAUUUAUGUCUUCUUCCGGGAUGCAUUCAUCACAGUGAACAACAUGGAGACUUGGGUCAAUGGACUCAUAGUGAAGCCACCACUGAACGUCUCCGCAGCUGUCUCCAUCACAGAGUCGGAAAACAUGAUUGUGAUAGAUCAAAACUCCACGAUGCAGGUUCUUUAUGAAUCCAGCGGUAAAGUGACGGUGAGCGUUGCGGGCAGCCUGGCAGGAAAGAUGUGUGCUCCUUGUGGGAACUUCAACCAUGACCUCACUGAUGACCUAAGACUACCAAGUGGUCAGAUUGCAGGCGGCAUUGCUGAGGUGGUUGACGCCUGGAAAGCCAGGGACUUCUCAGAGUGCUAUAUCUAAAAAUCCAACCUGGAAUCAUGCACUGGACCACACCAGCACCUUAAGUUGGAAUACUGGAAGCAUCAGAAAGCAUCGCUCAUUCUAGCAUGUUGUAUUGUUGGUGAUUAUGGCAACCAAGGAUAAAACCUCCAUAUGGAAAGGCAGUUUACCAUAGUUACCAGAUGACAGAGACAGAGGGUUAUGGGGAUAAUUUUCGGCUUCAUGCUCUGCUUCUAUCCUUCCCACAGGCAUCUGGCUGACCAUUGUGGGAGUCGGUAUGCACGAAUGUUUUAAUCUGAUUCAACAGCAUCAUUAUAUUUAGUCUGUCCAUCCAAACAGCUUCUAAAUCUCAGUGGGAGUUUAAAUCCAGUUUUCCAGGAUCUUGUGAAUAGCAGAAAAGUUUUUGAAAUGUGAAUCUAUUAACACAGCAUUGUAAAUUAA